AUGCCAGGCGAGACGAGUCACAGAGCGUAUUAUAAUGGGUCACUUUUUAAGGAUCAAGCAGAAAAAGGCUUCCGGCGUCUCACGAAAACUCAACCAGUGGGUCUGAAAUACAUUGGAAUUGUUCUCAGCGUCGUUGAGGAACAACUGGAUUCCUCUGGAAAUGUCAACGAACUGCUGGUCAAGGCAGCGCCGUUGACCGAGCAAAACAAGCCGAAGGCAUUUGUGCACUGGGUUUCACGUCCAGUAACCGCUGAAGUGCGACUGUAUGAACGAUUGUAA